AUGUACUUGAACGAUAGCAGCGUAAUCAGUCCGAUGCAAGCCUUUGUCGGGGGAGUGCCCGGGAUCGGAGUCGGAGUCGGAAAUGUACAACAGAUGCAAGAAAGACUGCUGGGAUGGAACAUCCCGCCGGAAUAUUCAGAUCUAGUCCAUCCUUAUUGGCGAGGAUUUUUAGCACCCGGGCGGUAUUGGCACAUCGGCUUUGCCCUGAUUUAUUUUAUGUUAAUGGUCAUGUCAUUUGUUGGUAAUGGCUGCGUUGUUUGGAUUUUUACCACAUCAAAAUCAUUGCGAACUGCGUCAAAUAUGUUUGUUGUAAAUCUCGCGCUAUUUGAUAUCCUAAUGGCACUCGAGAUGCCAUUAUUGAUAGUAAAUAGUUUUCUAGAGCGUCCUGUUGGCUGGCAGCUAGGUUGUGACAUUUAUUCAGCCCUCGGCAGUGUUUCUGGGAUCGGUUCGGCCAUAAACAACGCAGCUAUUGCAUUCGAUCGAUAUAAAACAAUUUCCUGUCCAAUCGAUGGACGGCUGAACAGCAAACAGGCGGGAGUUAUCAUCGCCCUGACGUGGUUCUGGACUAUGCCGUUCACCAUUUUGCCGUGGAUGCGUGUCUGGGGACGAUACGUGCCGGAGGGCUUUCUCACAACUUGCACGUUCGAUUACUUGUCGGAGGAUCAAGACACCAAAGUAUUUGUCGGGUGCAUAUUUAUUUGGUCUUACUGUAUUCCGAUGACUCUUAUUAUUACUUUUUACUCGCAUCUCAUUAAGUCUGUUCGGAAACACGAGAAAAUGUUGCGUGAACAAGCCAAAAAAAUGAACGUUAAAUCUCUGCAAUCAAAUUCCGGGGACAAAGAAAGGAGCGUUGAGAUGAGAAUAGCCAAAGUAGCAUUCACUAUUUUCUUUUUAUUCGUUUGCUCUUGGACUCCUUACGCAGUUGUAACAAUGACUGUUGCUUUUGGAAACCGGGAUGCAUUAACACCUUUCUCAACAAUGCUUCCGGCUCUGUUCGCCAAAACAGUAUCCUGUAUCGAUCCCUGGGUCUAUGCGAUCAAUCACCCGAGGUACCGACUGGAGCUGCAAAAACGAUGCAAAUGGAUGGGAAUCCACGAACCGAUGCCGUCGCAGUCGGACAGCGUGUCAGCAACAACAGAGAGGGUGAGCGACGAGUCAUAA